AGCCGGUUCCUUGCUUUCCUGCCCUGUGUGAGAGCUCUCCUUGACAGCAGGUGUUUAUCGAGGCUCCGAUUGCCUGUCAUAUGUCUGCCACAGGUUACUUUCUAAUCCUAAGUACCUGAGGUCCUCUGAGCUUCCCAAACCCACUUCGAUAAGCAAUCUGUUCCUACAUGACUCUCCACCUACCCAUGCUUAGCACUAUCUGUCUGCUGGCACAGAUUUUCAAAGUAAAAUGCCUACCUUUAAAUUGACCACACAGGCUUACUGCAAAAUGAUGCUUCAUGGAGCAAAAUAUUCGUUCUGUUCUGUUAAUGGCAUUUUAGUGGCAGAGAAGCAGAAGCGAAGAGAUGGACAGCAGCAGGUCCUGUUUGUGGACUGCAUCCCACUUUUCCACGGUACCAUAGCACUGGCACCAGUACUAGAGGUAGCAUUAACCUUGAUUGACACGUGGUGCAAAGAGAAUGACUAUGUGAUUGCUGGAUAUUACCAAGCCAAUGAACGUCUGAAAGACUCAUGUCCCAACCAGGUUGCUGAAAGAAUUGCUGCCCGGAUUGCUGAAGGAUUCAGUGAUGCUGCCCUUAUAAUGGUGGACAACACAAAAUUCUCCAUGGACUGCAUAAUUCCUUCAAUUAACAUUUAUGAGCACCACGACAACCGGUGGAAAUGCAGGGAUCAGCAUGAGAAUUUCUUUGAAGACUGGCCAGAGGCACAACGAAUUUCUGCAUCCCUCAUGGACAGCAGGUCUUAUGAGUCCCUUGUGGAUUUUGACAGCCAUCUUGAUGACCUCCGUAAUGACUGGGCCAAUCCAGAUAUCAACAAAUCAAUCAUCCAUCUAUGCUAAGAUUGCAGAGAUCUCUGGCUCAAUCCGUGAUAUGCAAGCUGACCUCUGAAUGUAGUAACCGUUGGAUUAAGAAACAUCUCUACCCAGAUGGGGAUGAGCAACUCAAGAUGGCAGGGAGAGCUCCUUAUGCAGCUAGUUUUCUCACUGAUAAGCUAUUUAAGAGCAAUGAAGGCGUUUCAUGUCCGUCUGUGUCAUAGAGAACGGGGAAAUAGCCAGCAGAUUCUGCAAAGUUCUGACAGCCCUCUCUUAAAAUUGUAUCCUGAUUUUCUAUAAUAAGAAGAUAAUUUCUAAGGAUUUUUCCAGUUUUCUCAAAUGGCAUCUACAAGAGGUUUCAAAAAAAAAAAAAAAAAAGACUUUUUAAUGUUCAAACCUUUUCCGACGCAGUGUGAUUAGUAUCUGGUUUGUUAUAGAGCUUAAAAUAUAUUGAAUUCUAAGUGAUUAACCACACUAUGUUUGGCACAACAUGAAAUAUAGGAUUUAAUCACUG